AAAAGCAAUGGCUGCCUUAAGAGUUGACAAAAGAAUGCUUCGAGAACUCGAGUCCAUGGGAUUCCCAACCAGCCGUGCAACAAGAGCACUUUAUUUUUCUGGUAAUUCUAGCAUUGAAGAUGCCAUCGAUUGGGCUUUAGAACAUGAAAGUGACUCAAACAUCUAUCAGAUGCCUCAGGUACCUAUCGACAUAAGAAUUGAAUCUGGAGAACCAUGGCAUGUAGGGGAAGAAGUGAAGAUGAAAUUAAAUGAUCUAAGGGAACAAGCACAGAAAAAGAGAGAAGAAGGGGAAAAAGGGAUGGAAAGAGACCAACAUAAGGAGAGAAUAAUGAGGGGCAAAAGGCUGAUGGAAGAUCAGCACAACAAAGAGAGAAAUGAAAGAGAACGAAUAAUUGCCUUUCGAAAAGCAGAGAAGGAAGAGGAAAAGAGAGCCAGACAGAAGAUUCGCCAGCAACUGGAACUGGAUAAGGUGGAAAGGAGGAGGAAGCUUGGAUUGCCAGCUGAAAAUCCUAGAAAUGUGAUACCCACAAGACAUCCCAUACAAGAAGGGAAUGGUUCAAAACCUGUCAUUUUUUACAUGGAUGAACCUCUGAAGGAUUGCUUAAGAUCACUAAAGAAGAACCACAAGGAUGAUGAUGCUAAAGUGAAGAAAGCAUUCCAAACACUCCUUAUAUACAUAGCAAACGUUGUAAAAAAUCCAGACAAUGAGAAAUAUAGGAAGAUCAGACUUAGCAACCUGUUAUUUCAGGACCGAGUUGGUAAAUUCAAAGAAGGCGCUGCGUUUCUUGAGCUCUGUGGAUUCCAAAAACUGGAAGGUAAUGGAUUCUUGUACAUGCCACGGAACAAGGUAGAAAUGAAAGUCUUAAACUCUGCUGGUUUGGCAUUGAAUUCAACUAUCACAAAUCCUUACUUUGGAAAGCUUUCGUUGUAGUCAUCUUUCUAUACCAUCGAUUUACUACAUAAUACUAUAAUAAGAAACCUUGUAAUUAAUGAUAUAUCUGA